AUGAAUUAUAAUAACAAAAAUAAUAAUAAUAAUAACAAUAACAAUAAUAAUAAUGAUUUACAAAGAUUAGUAUCAUUACCACAUUAUCUAUUGUCAAAGAUAAUCAAUCAACUCACAGACAACUUGGAUCGUAUUGUUUUUAGUUUGGUUUGUAAGAAGUGGUACAAUGAAAGAGAUCGCUACCUAUUGUUCAAUAGUGAUCAUCUAAGAAUACCUAAUAGAAAUAAUAGUAGUAGUAGUAGUAAACCAAUAAAUGCAUAUCAUGAUCAAAUCAAUCGUUCCUAUAAAUCAAAGACAAAUUCAAAGAUCUUUUUAGGCAUUUUAUAUCAACCAUCGAUAAAUAUAAAAGAAAUAGACUAUCAUUUUAGAGAAGAAACCAAUUGUAUAAUUAGUAAUGAUGUUAGUCAAAUAGUGAUAGGUGUAACUUCAAAGAAAUCAUUUGAUAAUGAAAACAGUUUAUUUGAUAGGAUAGAAGCUUCUCCAAAUGUCAAAUCUCUAAAUAUACUUGAUAGCUAUGCAACAACAAAGACAGAUCGAUUACCAAGUAAUAUCGUUGAUCUUACAAUGAAAUCACCACAUCUAAUGUUGUCUCUGACAAACUCUUCUUUGGUCACACUCGAUCUAAUUUUAGAUGGUGAUAACACUGUCAUUAAAACAAGCUAUGAGGAAUUGUCAGAGCUAGCGGUUGGUACCAUUCCUGACUCUGUAGAAUUCAUUGAUUUCAAAGAUUAUACAUGUAAAAUUCCGAAAGGUAUAAUACCGCAUUCAGUAAAACAUAUUGCCGUUACUAUGCCAUUCCUAAAGAAUAAUAAGCCACAUAAACUACCAAACAGCAUCAGCACAAUAACAAUAGAAAACAAACUGCGACUCAGAAGACUAACAAACAGCACCUUUUUAAUGAUGAACAUCAAUGACAACUCUGAUUUCUCAAUCAUCAAAUCAAAAAUGAUACAUAAACAAUUGAUUAAAAAAAUAAAUGUUUGUUUGAAUUGA